AACGCGAGUCGGCGGAGGGGCGGCGUCACCCCUCUGUCGGUAGCGAGAGGAUCGCUGAAAGAGGGGAAGGCUUGGAAACGAGAGAGAGAGAGAGAGAGAGAGAGAAAGAGAGAGAGAGAAACAUUUUUUCCGGACCUGAUCCCGCCAUAGUUUUCUCCCCCCGUCAUCCACUAUAGACCCAUCACCAAACCCACCCAGUACAACCCACCUCCUCCACUGCGCGACAGAGAGGCUCUCGGCUGCUUUAUCCGUCUGCUGCUGGGGCCGGCUGCAAGUCUCCUCCUGCGCCACUUCUGCAACUGGAUUUACGGCGAAAUUCAUCUGUUUUCACACUUUUUUUUGAGUUUGCUGCGGAGAAUAACGGUUUCUACAGACAGCCUUUCCCCUUCUAGAGUGAUUUCCACUCUCAGUCAGUGUGGCAAUUUCUUGUUGCGCCUUUUAGCAAAUUCAGGAGAGAAACUUUUUUUUGCUGGCUUCAAUUUCAGUUAUUCCGGGCUUUGUUUUUCUUUUUCGUUUUUUGGACUUGGAACAACAGUUACCACCAUGCACAAGCUAUACAUUGGGAAUCUAGGCGACGGGGUGACUGCCGAGGACUUGGGGAAAACCUUUGACGAACACAAGAUCCAGUACACCGGACAGUUUCUCAUGAAAACCGGGUAUGCCUUUGUGGAUUGUCCGGACGACCAGUGGGCCAUGAAGGCUAUCGAGACGUUCUCUGGUAAAGUGGAACUUCAAGGGAAACGUAUUGAGGUCGAGCACUCCGUCCCCAAGAAGCAAAGGACCAGGAAACUGCAGAUCAGAAACAUUCCACCUCACCUGCAGUGGGAGGUGCUGGAUGGUCUUUUGGCCCAGUGUGGAACCGUAGAGAACUGUGAACAAGUGAACACGGACAGUGAGACCGCCGUGGUUAACGUCACAUAUGCAUCCAGGGAGCACGCCAGGCAAGCCAUCCAGAAGCUGAACGGGUACCAGUUUGAGAACAACGCCCUGCGCGUCUCCUACAUCCCCGACGAGAACUCUGAGCAGGAGGGCCAGCGGGGGCCCGACAACGGCCGGCGCGGCUACGGGUCCCGGGGCGGCCCUCGUGGCGGCUCCCCAUCCGGGAUGCCCCCGAAGCCGCCGCACGCCGACAUCCCCCUGCGGCUUCUGGUGCCCACGCAGUACGUCGGCGCCAUCAUCGGCAAGGAGGGCGCCACCAUCCGCAACAUCACCAAGCAGACGCAGAGCAAGAUCGACGUGCACCGCAAGGAGAACGCCGGUGCUGCUGAGAAGCCGAUCAGCAUCCACUCAACCCCAGACGGCUGCUCAUCUGCUUGCCGCAUGAUCCUGGACAUCAUGCAGCAGGAAGCCAAAGACACCAAGACUGCUGAUGAGGUUCCUCUAAAGAUUCUGGCUCACAACAACUUUGUUGGACGCCUGAUUGGGAAGGAAGGACGCAACCUGAAAAUGGAACAGGACACGGACACCAAGAUCACCAUCUCCCCUCUUCAGGACCUGACACUGUACAAUCCAGAGAGAACCAUCACAGUCAAAGGCGAUCUGGAUGCCUGCUGCAACGCCGAGGUGGAGGUCAUGAAGAAGGUCAGAGAGGCCUACGAGAACGACAUCGCCGCCAUGAAUCAACAGACCCACCUGAUCCCUGGACUCAACCUGGGCGCUCUGGGCCUCUUUCCUUCCUGCUCAAAUAUGCCUCCACCCCCGCCCGGGAAUGCGUCCGGUAGUGCCCCCUAUGGCUGCUUCGGGGCUCCAGAGCAUGAGACGGUCCACGUUUACAUCCCAGCACAGGCGGUGGGAGCCAUCAUCGGGAAGAAAGGGCAGCACAUCAAACAGCUGAGCCGCUUCGCCGGGGCAUCCAUCAAGAUCGCCCCAGCUGAAGCUCCAGACUGCAAAAUGAGGAUGGUGGUGGUGACAGGACCCCCAGAGGCUCAGUUUAAGGCUCAGGGCAGAAUCUACGGCAAACUGAAGGAGGAGAACUUCUUUGGGCCGAAGGAGGAGGUCAAACUGGAGACUCACAUCAAGAUGGCCGCCACCGCUGCAGGACGGGUCAUUGGCAAGGGGGGCAAGACGGUGAAUGAGCUGCAGAACCUGACAGCAGCUGAGGUGGUGGUCCCCAGGGAACAGACCCCCGAUGAAAACGAACAAGUCAUUGUCAAGAUCAACGGACAUUUCUACGCCAGCCAGUUGGCCCAGAGGAAGAUCCGGGACAUCCUGACCCAGGUCAAACAGCCACAGAAAGGCGGGAUGGGCUCGGGCCCCAGCCCUAACCCCCAGGGCUUCACAGAGAUGGGCAGCCCCACACAGGGACUGAGUCAGGACCACCAGCCGCGGAGGAAGUGAGGGUCCCCCCCCCGCCACCCUCCUCACACCCCGUGGGGCCCCCACCGCCUGACGGAGAGACAGACAGACAGAAAGACACGUGCACGGACGGAUAGACGGACGGACAGACGGAUGCAGGAGAGCGACACACGGACCCAGCGAUAGACAGGGAGAGAUAUAAAGAGGGAGGGAGUACGCCCGAUAGCCGGAGAGAGAGAGAGAGAGAGAUCGGCGUUUAGAGAGAAGAUGAUUCAAAUCAAAAGAUGAAAUGAAUAAAAAAAAAAAAAGGAUUAAGAUAAAACGAAACGUGAGAACAGAAACCAGAUGCCAGGCCAGAAGAUAGACUGAGUGAGGAUGGAGGGAUGAAGGAAAGGAGGGAUGGAGAGAGGGAGUGGGGGGAGUCCUCCUAGUGUGCCUCGGCAGGGCUGCAGCCAGCUACUCAACCGCUGCAGCUUUAACAGAUCCUCCAUGGGACAGGUUUAACACUCGUCCACACGUACAGAGACACACUAGCAGGGGCCCCCCAUCGUCCCCUACGGACCUCUCCCGCCAUCUGCAGUCAGUCCUAUAUUUUAAGGGUGGUUUUUUUAAACAUAGAGAUAUAUGUAUAGAAAUGUUUUAUUCAGAGCUAUUAUCGAUAGAAUGCAGUGAGGCAGAGCCGGGAGAGGGAAUGGGGAAACCGACCGCGGCGGCACAAGGGGGGAGGGAUAGGUCGCGGGUCUGGCCUUAGCCCCACCCGCCCUCUAACCUCCCCAGCUGAUGAAAGACUAGAAGAGGG